AUGUCUCUACUCAAAACCAACAUCUUAUUUCUCUUUGCAAUUGCUAUUUCCUAUAGCUUGACUGUUCCUUCUCUAGCCGAAGACUGGAAACAAGAUUUCUUAGAGGCCCACAACGAAGCCCGGAACGAGGUUGGGCUAAGCCCAUUGGUUUGGGACGAUGAGGUGGCUGCUUAUGCCUCGAGCUACGCGAAUCAGAGGAUCAGUGAUUGUGCAAUGGUCCAUUCGAAUGGACCUUUCGGUGAGAACAUAGCGUGGAGUAGUGGAGAUAUGUCGGCUGAGGAUGCUUCGGAAAUGUGGAUCGACGAGAAAAAGUACUACGACUACAAUAGCAACACGUGUAAUGAUCCAAACGGUGGCACGUGUCUACACUACACACAAGUUGUUUGGCAAAACACUCUUCGGUUAGGAUGUGCUAAAGUCGUGUGUAACAGUGGUGGUACUUUUAUUACAUGCAACUAUGAUCCUCCGGGUAAUUACAUUGGAGUAAAACCAUACUAA